ACGGGAUCUCUGUCAUGUCCAAACGGAGCAUAAAUCAUCCCAUCUUACAAAAACGAAGACGUUUUAUCAUGCAUUGCGGUUGCUUCUUACCAGACUAUUUUGUACCUUUUCGGAGCACAACCCAGCCCAACCCACGAUAUCAGAAACAAUGAUCGGAGACGUGGAGAAAAUGCUGGCGGUGGGCCUAAUCUGGGGCGCCACCAACGCCGCAAUGCGCCGCGGCGCCCUCCUCUGGGACCAAUCUCUCAAAUCCACUCCAACUUCAGGCAACCCAACUCACAAACUCCACCAAAAGCUCCUAAAUACUUUAUCCACUUGGCUAACCCUCCUUGUCUUUUGGCAAUACUCGCUCCCUUUCCUCAUCAACCUCUCCGCAUCCGCCACCUUUUUCGCUAUGUUAAGUGAGGCCCCGAUUUCGCUCGCCGUCCCCGUCACCAAUGCAACGACGUUUGCUGCCACCGCGGUGUUUGGAAUCCUGCUGGGUGAGGAGAUCCGGGUCGCUUAUGCUCUAUUGGGUACGGGUUUUAUCGUUUUGGGUGUUUGGCUUUGUAUCACUUGAUCUGCAUCUGCUUUGCCAUUUAUGCUCUCUAAGACUGUCACUAACUUUUAAAAAGCCCAUUUUCUGUUAUUGUAUUUUGUUGAAGACAUGAAGUUAUUAUUUCAUUUUUG